GAUCGAUCAAACUAUCACUUGAAGGAAAUUGUUAGAAGUGAAACAAUCAUGAAAUUGCUACUGAUUUUGGGCGUUGCGCUGGUGUUGCUCUUUGGUGAGUCCUUAGGUCAGCGAUUUAGCCAGCCUACGUUCAAGCUACCUCAAGGUAGAUUGACACUUAGUCGAAAAUUUAGGGAGUCCGGCAAUGAGCCACUAUGGUUGUAUCAAGGCGACAACAUACCAAAGGCACCAUCAACUGCAGAACAUCCCUUCCUUCCGUCUAUAAUAGAUGAUGUGAAGUUCAAUCCAGAUAGAAGAUACGCGCGCAGUCUUGGUACACCAGACCAUUAUCAUGGAGGCCGUCAUUCCAUAUCUCGAGGUAGCCAGAGCACAGGACCGACUCAUCCGGGCUAUAAUCGCCGUAACGCCAGGAGUGUCGAAACGUUAGCUAGCCAAGAACAUCUAAGCAGCCUGCCGAUGGAUAGCCAAGAGACUUUACUGCGUGGCACCAGGAGCGUGGAAACACUAGCUAGUCAGGAACAUCUAAGCAGCCUGCCGAUGGAUAGCCAAGAGACUUUACUGCGUGGCACCAGGAGCGUGGAAACACUAGCUAGUCAGGAACAUCUAAGCAGCCUGCCGAUGGAUAGCCAAGAGACCUUGCUGCGUGGCACUAGGAGCGUGGAAACACUAGCUAGUCAGGAACAUCUAAGCAGCCUGCCGAUGGAUAGCCAAGAGACCUUGCUGCGUGGCACUAGGAGCGUGGAAACACUAGCUAGUCAGGAACAUCUAAGCAGCCUGCCGAUGGAUAGCCAAGAGACCUUGCUGCGUGGCACCAGGAGCGUGGAAACACUAGCUAGUCAGGAACAUCUAAGCAGCCUGCCGAUGGAUAGCCAAGAGACUUUACUGCGUGGCACCAGGAGCGUGGAAACACUAGCUGGUCAGGAACAUCCAAGCAGCCUGCCGAUGGAUAGCCAAGAGACCUUGCUGCGUGGCACUAGGAGCGUGGAAACACUAGCUAGUCAGGAACAUCUAAGCAGCCUGCCGAUGGAUAGCCAAGAGACUUUGCUGCGUGGAACCAGAAGCGUGGAAACACUAGCUAGUCAGGAACAUCUAAGCAGCCUGCCGAUGGAUAGCCAAGAGACUUUACUGCGUGGCACCAGGAGCGUGGAAACACUAGCUAGUCAGGAACAUCUAAGCAGCCUGCCGAUGGAUAGCCACGAGACCUUGCUGCGUGGCACUAGGAGCGUGGAAACACUAGCUAGUCAGGAACAUCUAAGCAGCCUGCCGAUGGAUAGCCAAGAGACCUUGCUGCGUGGCACCAGGAGCGUGGAAACACUAGCUAGUCAGGAACAUCUAAGCAGCCUGCCGAUGGAUAGCCAAGAGACCUUGCUGCGUGGCACUAGGAGCGUGGAAACACUAGCUAGUCAGGAACAUCUAAGCAGCCUGCCGAUGGAUAGCCAAGAGACUUUGCUGCGUGGAACCAGGAGCGUGGAAACACUAGCCAGCCAAGAAGUACUGUGAAGUUAAACCAUAGUCAGUCAAGUAAGCGUCAUGUUAAGUUAUAUUAAAAUGUAAUUAAUGUCUAUAACUAUCUUGCAUUACUAAAAUCAAAUAAAUUGAUAUUAUAAAGAUAUAAA